AUGAAUAAAACGAAAAAACUAGGCAAGAAAAAAACAAAAGACAAUCUGGUGAACACCUCUAUAUAUGUAACAGGACUUCCGAAGGAUAUAAGUCCUGAAGAGAUGAAGGACUUUUUUGGUAGGGGAGGUGUUAUUAAGAUAGACCCAACAACUUUGACUCCAAAGAUUAAACUUUAUAAAGAUGAAGUGACAAGGGAAUUUUCUGGAAACGCUCUAGUUGUUUAUAAGUUCGAGCAAAGUAUUGAAUUAGCUCUCAAGUACCUAAAUGAAACUGAGAUUAGGCCAGGCUUUAAAGUAAAAAUUGAAAAAGCUGUGUUCACCAAGUCAUCCAAACCAAAUAUUGCCCCAUUAUCUCAGGCCGAAAUUGAUAAGAAAAGAAAACAACUGAAAGCAGCAGAAAUGGAAGAAGAAAGGCUUUUAUCCUGGAGUAACGAGCAACACUCACUAAAUAGUAACAUUGCCUCUAGAAUAGUUGUACUUAGGCCAAUGUACUCCAGAAAAGAAGCCGAAACGUACCCUGAGGGUGAUAAGUUUUACAAUGAACUAGAAAUGGAAGUUCAGGAUGAAGUAACUAAACAUUGUGAUGUAGUCAGUGUUACUUGUAUCCCCAGACAUCCACAAGGAAUUGUUUGUGUCAAGCUCAAAUCUCAGCAUGAUGCUGAAAUUGUUAUCGAUAUCUUUAACAAAAGAUAUUUUGAUGGUAGACAAAUUGAGGCUUUUAUGUAUGACGGAAGUACCGACUUUAAGGCAUCCUGUAUUUAG